AGGAAUAUCGAGGAGAUCCUGGCAGCCAAAGGGGAGAAGGUGAGACGUGUGGUUGGCGAGGAAGCCCUGGAGCUGCUUCCGGAGGACGCUGGCUCUCAGAGUCAUCCUACAGAGGGAGAAGUUUUGCCUUCGGCCGAGCUCAUCAUUUUAGAGUUGCACUGUGGUUAUCUUUCCUGGUCCUUUUGCUGCUGUUGUAGCAAUUCUGGGUGCUGCGGCAGGGCUGGGAAGCCUGCUUUGUUCUCAGGUGUUGCACAUCAGUGGCUGAUUGCAGUGCUCCUGGGGGUGCAUCCCAUGGCAGCUGAGCAGAAGAAGCAGUUGGUACCACAUGAGGAGAUGGCCCUGACCACGGGGGACACGUAUCUUUCCAUUAAAGAGGAUGCCAACAGGCAUGCUUCGUCUAGGAGGACCACCCCAGACUUUGCUUUAGCCAAAGGCAUGGGAGAGGGAAGAAGGGAGGAAAAAGCCUGCUGGAGCUGCGUCGUGAUGGGGACCAGUGAUGUACCAGCCUGGAGCAACAGAGCACGGCUGUGUGCCCUUCCCCCCCGCUGGAGAUCAUGGCUGGAGCAGGAGCAGCACAAGGCUCGGGAGAGAGAUGAGGUGCUCUGCAAACAACAGUACUGGCGAACGUGUGCUCCCUUCUGCAGCUGCUAAGGACAGUGAGACAGCAGGUACAAGCUAGGUGGGUACAUACAUGGCUGUGUGCAUCCUCCUGCCUGGCCUCCAGCACUCUGACCUGUCCCAGGAAGGAGGCCAAGCCUCAGCUCUGUGCAGCAGGUGAGUGCUCCCUGGUGGCAGCCGAAAUGCAGCUACCCCUCCCAUGGUCAGUACAGGCAGGUUAAAGGCCUGGUGAGCAGCGUCACUGGUCUGAAAAUCUUACUGCUGGUUGGAAAUGUUUCUGUCAAAUGCAUUUCGAUUAGAAAGUGCUGACUUGUUCCCUAUAGGAACAUAUCUGCUUUGGCAGAACUCGUUACUGGAGUUUCUGAAGUCCAGAAUAGCCCCUCUGGUCAAGGAUUCCACCUCCUGCAGUUAGAUCUUGCUGCCCUCCUCUCGGGGCUGCGUUUCCAACUUUACCAAAAGGGAUGAAAGUAAAUGUAGACCCUUGCACUUGUGUGCAGGGUGAAACUGACUUCCCAGCAACAAUCCCAGCUUGGAGCUGUUGCCAAGGCUCCAUUUCUUGCUGGUGUAGGACCAGACGAUGUGCAGAAAAAGGACUGCCUUGCUGAGAGCAGCACUGCUCCACUGCUGGAUGCAGAGGAGCAGGGGAUAGUUCUGCUCCCUCUCAUGACAAGCCAUGGCCAGAAAACUGCUGGCUCACAAAGCAGGUCCGUGCGAGAUGCAGGUGGGCAGUCCCAUGCGAGGCUUCUGGCUCAGCCGCACCAGAAGCAAUGAGUUCACCUAAGUUUGAUUUUUGUGCUGAACAGAUGGCCAGAAGACUUUCUUCCUUCUUUCCAGGUACCAGCUCCUGUCUUGUGUCUGCAGUGCAGGCUGCAUAGCUGGCACUUACCUUUCAGGCUUUGUCCUGUGCUUGUUCUCUGGAGGUCUCCAGAUCCCAUUAAAGGUAAAGGUGGGAGAGCCCUGGCUCCUGCUUCAAGAGCUUGUGGCACAACUCUGUUACAGGAGCGGCUGAGGAAGCUCUCACUGCAGAGUUCACAGCAACCCCAGAACAAACUUCAAAGGUUGGGGGACCAUAGCUGCAGCCAGGAGUGGGGUGAGCUUUUAAAGGUCCUGUGCAGCUUCUGACUUGGUCUCAUUUCCUUCUGCAGAAAGAACAAAACUGAUGAAGAUGUUCCAGGAAAGGAUCCAGAACAAUUUGCGUCACCUCGUGAUGCGGAUGUGACAGGAGGACUGCAAAAUGAAAAAGGUGCUCUUCCCUUCCCUUAUUAAAAGUAUUUUGGAAAUAAAGAAGUUCAAGGCUGCGUUUAA